ACUCGGGCCCCGCGGCCUCGCCUAGGUCAUACUUCGGCCUCCGCGCGCAGGCCCGUAGCGUAGCCGGGCGGAAGCGCCAACAUAGUUCCCUCUCCCGGUUUCCGGUUAUCUGAGGUGUCCCAGGCGCUCCUCCUCCUCCUCCAGGAAGUCCUCCCGUUGCCACCGCCCUCUUUAACCAUCCGCAGUCGUCAGUGUUCAUGUCUGUCCCCAGAAGGUUUCAUUCAUUCAUUAACUGCCGGUUGUCCGCUCCACUUGGCCGCGGGCGCCAGGAGCUGCCCGCAGGUUUGCCAACACAACCCAUGAGAGCGUCAACUUCACCCUUCACACUACCCUGGGGGUCACCACGAAGCUGGUGCUCCCGACACCUGCCAAGCCCAUCCUUCCAGUGCAGACAGGGGAGCAGGCCCAGCAGGAGGAGCAGUCUAGCGGCAUGACCAUUUUCUUCAGCCUUCUCGUCCUCGCCAUCUGCAUCAUCCUGGUGCACCUGCUGAUCCGGUACCGACUGCACUUCCUGCCUGAGAGUGUGGCUGUCGUUUCUCUAGGUAUUCUCAUGGGAGCAGUUAUAAAAAUUAUAGAGUUUAAAAAGCUGGCAAAUUGGAAGGAGGAAGAAAUGUUCCGCCCCAACAUGUUUUUCCUUCUCUUGCUGCCGCCUAUCAUCUUUGAGUCCGGCUAUUCGCUGCACAAGGGGAACUUCUUUCAGAACAUCGGCUCCAUCACUCUCUUUGCUGUCUUUGGAACAGCGAUCUCUGCUUUUGUAGUAGGUGGAGGAAUUUACUUUCUGGGUCAGGCUGAUGUAAUCUCUAAACUCAACAUGACAGACAGUUUUGCAUUUGGCUCCCUGAUUUCUGCGGUUGACCCAGUAGCCACUAUCGCAAUUUUCAAUGCACUGCACGUGGACCCUGUGCUCAACAUGCUGGUGUUUGGAGAAAGCAUUCUCAACGAUGCAGUCUCCAUUGUCCUAACCAACACGGCUGAAGGUCUAACAAGGAAACAGAUGUCAGAUGUCAGUGGGUGGCAAACGUUCUCACAGGCCCUCGGGUACUUCCUCAAAAUGUUCUUUGGCUCUGCGGCACUUGGCACGCUGACUGGCUUGAUUUCUGCAUUGGUGCUGAAGCACAUCGACCUGAGGAGGACGCCUUCCCUGGAGUUUGGCAUGAUGAUCAUUUUUGCUUACCUGCCGUAUGGGCUGGCAGAGGGGAUCUCACUCUCUGGCAUCAUGGCUAUCCUGUUUUCUGGUAUCGUGAUGUCACACUACACACACCAUAACCUCUCCCCAGUCACCCAGAUCCUCAUGCAGCAGACCCUCCGGACUGUGGCCUUCCUGUGUGAAACGUGUGUGUUUGCAUUUCUUGGCCUGUCCAUUUUUAGUUUCCCUCACAAGUUUGAAAUUUCCUUUGUCAUCUGGUGCAUAGUGCUGGUACUGUUCGGCAGAGCCGUCAACAUCUUCCCUCUGUCCUACCUGCUGAACUUCUUCCGAGAUCACAAAAUCACCCCUAAGAUGAUGUUCAUCAUGUGGUUCAGUGGCCUCCGAGGGGCCAUCCCCUAUGCACUGAGCUUGCAUCUGGGCCUGGAGCCCAUGGAGAAGCGGCAGCUCAUUGGCACCACCACCAUUGUUAUUGUGCUCUUCACGAUCUUGCUGCUGGGCGGCAGCACCAUGCCCCUCAUCCGCCUUGUGGACAUUGAGGAUGCCCGGGCACGCCGCAGGAGCAAGAAGGAUGUCAACCUCAGCAAGACUGAGAAGAUGGGCAAUGCCAUCGAGUCAGAACACCUGUCAGAGCUCACCGAGGAGGAGUACGAAGCCCACUACAUCAGGAAGCAGGACCUCAAAGGCUUCAUGUGGCUGGAUGCCAAGUACCUGAACCCCUUCUUCACACGGCGGCUGACCCAGGAGGACCUCCACCAUGGGCGCAUCCAGAUGAAAAGCCUCACCAACAAGUGGUAUGAAGAGGUCCGCCAGGGCCCGUCAGGCUCUGAGGACGAUGAGCAGGAGCUGUUCUGAGCCCACAACAUCUUGGGCCUGGAAGAAGAUGCCUCAUACAGCCUCCUCAGAACACAAGAUGGUAGGUAGGUCAAGGGCUAGUCCUAGCUAGGAAGCUUCAGGCCUUUGGAGAGUGCUGGCUUCAGAAACAUGAUCGGCCUCCAUGACUCACGGAACCAGACCUGCCCCAGCAUUGUUCCUGGGCCCACAGAGGAGGGCAGCAGCAGCCCCUUUCUGCUUCUGUGCCGGGCCACAGAGAACACUAGGCAGGCUGGCUUGCUCAGCUCACGCUGUGCGUGGGCCAUACCUUCCUCACAUCCCUGGAGCAGCUGCUGGCACACAUCUGCUCUGUCCCCGCAUUGUCAAGGAGCCUUGGCGGCGGCAGCGGCAGCGGCAGCGGCAGCAGCAGCCGCCUCAACCUGGUGCCAAGGCCAAGUGACUCUGAAAGCCUCACACUCCCUGUCCUGUGUCCUGCGUUCCCAAAGAGAAAGGCUAAAGGACCUUUUUUUUUUUUUGACAUGGAACUGGCACCUCUCAGCCUGCUUUGGGCAGGCAGCUGCAGCCCUCCUGUGGGCAUACUGCAAAUGUUUACACUGGUACCUGGCAGGGGUCAGCCUGCAGGCUUCUAGGAAAGGUGUUGGCCUAUCCCCUGGUUUCCGAAUACUCUCUGAAGAGACAAAGGGGAUCUUUAGACCCUGUAGGCACAGGGUCCUUGGGGGUACCUUUCCUAAGUGUGGGAGCCACCUCCACAUCCUCUCCUCUCCACCAGUCUCCUCCUGCAUUCUUGUCCUCUGCCCAGAAGCCUCUGACUAGACCCUAUAGUGUGAAGCUCCUCCCGCCCAGCUGCUGUUGAGAGCACAGCCUUUUACUAGUUCCUGGAGCUUGGGUCCUCUGCCCUCCGUGCCGGGCCUCGGAUCUCCAAGACACUGGGACAGUGGCCAGAGCACAGCACCUGAGACCAGGGUUCCCCACUCCAAUCAAUUGCCACUUGGGAUGCCGGUGACUUUGGGUCACACAGACGCACUCCCGUGCAUGUCUCGGGCUAAGGCACACCACAGGCAGUGGUCGCUGCCUGAUGUCCUAACCUGCCCUUUUACAGCUGCUGCAGUCUGCCCGUCUGUGGCCCCUCAGCGACUCCCCAUGUGGCCCUAGGCCGUCCUUGCACCCCUGGUGCGUAGUUGUUGUGUAUGGCCUUGGCUCACAGUGGGGGCACAGUGGGUCUGAGUGGGGUUUUGCACCUCGGUGCUGUGGUUCUGAUGUCGGCAGAGGGCCAGGCCUCUGAGGUCCUCCACCUCACUGCUGCAGAAGGUGGCCGAGCUGGAGGCAUGCAGUCUGCUUCUGUACAUAAGGCCACUUGUCCUUGGCGCAGCCAAGCUGGGUCCUCUUCCACCCAUGGCCUUGUGGGAUUGGGAGUGGGGCUGGGCUCGGGCUCAUCUCUGAGAUGGAAGCUGCUUCCCAAACUCAGUGCUUGCCAAGAUUUCUUUUUAACCCUUAAAUUCAUAGAGGAAGCAGUGAAGCAUCAGGUGUCAUUCACUGGCCCCUUGCCACCCGGCCUCUCGGACAUACCACUCUUGGCCCCUGCUUUUUCCUGAGUGAGCUUCCGGGAGCUUGGGAGGGCUGCUGCACCAGCCCUGCAUGUCAGUAGGCACCUCUGCCCCUUCCCGGGGACUAUGGGCUUAGCACCUGGGAGAGUGCCCAGCCUUCCAGGGCCCAGUCAGGGAGCAGAGCUCUGGAGGGAUUUCUCAGAUGAGAGACCAAGUGCUGCCGUCACCUCCUCAGACCCGCGAGGCAGACCCGUGAGGCCUGUCUGUGCAGCGGAGAAUGUGUGCAUGGAGAUGACCCAGUUGUGCGGGUGGUAAAGUUCAGUCUAGGCCAAGGGACGGGUCAGCUGGGCACACAGAAGGUAAUGCUUCAGAGUGAGGGCCGUGGGUGCCCUUGGAGAUCUGGCACUCAGGGUGGUGGUGGCCCAUCCCUACAGAAUAUAGGAGCCAGUUCUUGGAAUCAGCAACCUGCUUUCUACAGUGCUGUGGUCACAGGGUUCCCCCAGACAGCCACAUGCAGCAUCUUGGGGACUUGGUGUGCAGUCCUUUCUGUGCAGUAGAGUGCCAAGGGACCGGCAGAGAGCCUUCCUAACCCCCCCCCCCCCAGAACUCCGAGGUCCACAUGCCCAUGGUAGGUUCUGGGCUGGGUGGCUGCUGCCCGCCCCCUCCCAGCCACUUAGCUAUGGAGGUACAUAUGGUAGAGGUCAGCUGUUCCUGGCUCCCGUGUGAGGAGGAAUUCAGUAGGUGUCUGCCAUCCAUUAGGCUUCUAAGAUGCCACAUGGAGACAGGAGCCCUCCCCAUUCUCAGAAAUAGCAGCUUGAUUUCUCUGCUGGCUGGUGCCUAGGAAACCAGGUCCAAGUCCCUGGCUUCUCCCAGGGCCCCAGAGCCAGGCUGUGUUAACUGAAACCGAAUGGCGGGAGGGAGGGAGGGCGGGCCUUCUGGUGGCCCUGCUUCUCCGCGCUGCCUUGCCACCUGUCCACCCAGUUGCAGACGGGCAGGUGCAGUGGUGCUGGGACAGGCCACCCUUGGUGGCUGUGGCCCUGCACUAGAACCAUGGUAGCACAGGCUGGGGACUGGUGGAGUCCCCCUGCUUCCACCAGGAGGAGGCUGAAGGCUCUCUUCAUACCUGGGCUCCACUCUUCCCUGACAGUGGAAGAUUUGGGGAACGCUAGUUUUCUGUUGUGAUUUAGGGGGGCCCCUGGGGCCUGAGGGAACCUUUGCUGCCUUCUGGGCCUGAGCAGGAGCGAACUGUGUCACUCUGCAGGAGCUCACCUUCCCCUGCCACUGAGUGGGAGGUCACAUCACGGGACAGUUAGAAAUAAAACGCUGUGGAAUCAGA